AUCAGGAAGAGACGCGCCGCAAACCGUAAACAGCUUUUGGUUUUUACCGUAGCGACAUGAGUCGGUAACUUUAAGUCGACAUUCUACUUUAUGCUAGCAGCGGCUAAGUGAUAUCAAAGAAGCUGUCGUUCUAACAAGGUUUGUCCAUGCAUUAUGCCUGAUGAGAUGGUGCAGCCUUUAAUCUUAGACAGAAGGGAAAGGCCAGGCUCAAGACACCUGGAAGCAUGUGUGUCAGAGUCUGGUACUACAAUGAUCGGCAUCCUGGGAACAGGCGACUUCUCCCGCUCACUCGCCACCAGGCUGGUGGCGUCUGGUUAUCAAGUGGUGGUGGGGAGUCGAACUCCCAAACGAUACGUGGCUCUGUUCCCUGAUGAUGUUGAGGUCACAUCUCAGAUGGAGGCAGCCAGUCAGGCAGAUGUGAUCUUUGUUGCUGUGCACCCCGAACACUACUCCACGUUGGUAGAUCUGAAACAGGCGCUAGCUGGAAAAACACUGGUGGACGUGAGCAACGGAUUACGGCUCAACCGUGACGGGCCAUCAAAUGCGGAACAGCUGGCAGACUGGUUUCCGGAGAGCGUUGUGGUCAAAGGAUUUAACACGAUAUCAGCCUGGACGCUCCAGGCUGGACCUCGCGAUGGAAGCAGACAGGUAUUUGUGUGCAGCAACAACAGCAAAGCAAAGAGUUUUGUUGUGCAACUGUGCCACACCAUGGGCUUCAUUCCUGUUGAUAUGGGCCUGCUCUCCUCCUCAUUGGAGGUGGAGAACCUUCCGCUAUAUCUCUUUCCAUCCUGGCGAGUCCCUAUCCUUUGCACUGUGGUCCUGUUUCUUUUCUUCUACCUGUACAACUUUGUACAUGAAGUCUUGCACCCCUAUGUCAUGACACAGAAGAACGUCUUCUACAAAAUGCCCAUCGAGGUCGUCAACGUCACUCUCCCUUGUGUAGCCCUUGUGAUGCUCGGGCUCGUCUACGUGCCCGGUUUGUGCGCCGCUUACCUCCAGCUGUGGCAGGGCACGAAGUACAAACGCUUCCCAGCUUGGUUGGACCAGUGGUUGACCAGGAGAAAGCAAUUAGGACUGUGCAGCUUCUUUUGUGCAGUGCUACACACCCUCUACAGUCUGUGCCUUCCCCUGCGGAAGUCGGCCCGCUUCAAACUACUCAACGCUGCUUUUAAACAGGUGAAGGACAAGGUGGAGAACUCGUGGAUUGACGAGGAGGUUUGGAGGAUGGAGCUGUACGUAUCUGUGGGCAUCAUGGCCCUCGGGCUGCUCUCUCUGCUGGCUGUCACCUCACUGCCAUCAGUAGCCAACAACAUCAACUGGAGAGAAUUCAGCUUUGUACAGGCCACACUGGGUUACUGCGCCUUGUCCAUGGCCACGUUCCACACACUGCUGUUCGGGUGGGACCGCGCCUUUAAUUCUGCCCAGUACCACUUCCACCUGCCGCCCACUUUUGUCCUGGCCUUGCUCCUCCCAUUGGUGGUUCUGAUGGGCCGCCUGGUUCUUCUCUUACCCUGCAUGUCCCGACGCCUCAGGCAGAUCCGCCGUGGCUGGGAGAAAAGUCGCCACGUCCACUUCACCCUGCUAGCUGACGAGACACGAGAGGACGUCAGCAAUGUGUGAGACGCGUGCUGAUGGUGUGAACAGUACAGUUUGAACAAAAGUGUAGAUGUCCUGUUGUUUCUUUUAUUUUGCACUAUUAAUGUAUGAUGGCAGUUUUUCUGUGUAAAAUAUUUAUUGUUACUUUUCACACUGUCAAGCCAGAGCUAAAGCAGCCAUUAACGGAUAGAUUUAUUUUUAUAAGCUACUGUUACAAUAAUUACUGUCACAUUUCCUACAAAGUCUACACACACGUCAUGAUGUACAUUUGGUCAAAACAGUGAUGUAACAGUUUAUGUGGGUGUUAUCUGCACGUUUCUCUGCUGCCAUUAUCUCAACCGACGGAAGAGGGUGGAGCUUGUGUGAUCAUCUGUCAAUAUGAAAUAACUCUGAAAUCACUUUUUUUUUCUCUUAAAAAAAAAAAAUACAAAGGAAGAGCCAAGUUAAAAAUUCUUAUGCAAACUUCUCUCAUGAGCUUUUCUUUGAAACUUAUUUUUUUGAAAAUUUUUGAGCGCUUCUAUGAUGUCACAAACACCAACAGAUGCCAGCUUGAAGCCGCUCCCUCUGUCAGUUGGGUGUUAUCAUGUGUAGAUUAUGACUUCUGUGAAAUGAUUUGUGUAAAGGAUGAGCUGCGGUCACACCAGAGACUGACUACAGGGAACUUGAAUAUGUAUAAGUAACAGUUGAGCUCUGAAGGCCUUUGAUUGAGCCAUUAAAAAAAAAUAAUCC